AUGCCCGGGUUGCUUAAGGCCAUCAUAAUACUGGCUCUUCAACUAUACCUUUUUACUGGCGCAAGAAUUAGAGCUUUCAUACCGGAACACGAGGACAGACUCGAAAGGGGCCUUAGAUACAAGCAUGGUGCUCUUUUUAGCAUCGAAACAGUGGACGACCUCGCGAUUAUGGAACUACGCUAG